GCCACGUCCAACCAGGGAAGGGCCCUCCCCCUCCGGCACGUCCCCGCGCCCCGCACCGCAGCGCCCGCACUCCCGGGGCAUGGCCCCCCCUGCCCCUGCCCCUCCGCCGCGGCUGCAGCUACCGCGGCCCCCCAGCGCCUGACUUCGGCCGGCGGCGGCGCAGCGCCGGGAGCCACCGGCACCCGCCUCCCUCGGCACGGCCCCCGGGGAGCGGUGCUGGCCGGGUCCCUUCCCCCCGCGGGCCCGCAUCGGGGCUCGGGUUAGGCACCGGCUGCCGCCGAGCAGCCGUCCCUUGCCGGGCUUGCCGCCUGCCGUGCUUGCUUGGAUGAGUCUGCGACAUGCCUAAUAAGAGACGAGAUGGGCCAGGGCGACGAGAGCGACCGCAUUGUGAUCAACGUGGGAGGGACUAGGCACCAGACUUACCGCAGCACCCUGCGCACCCUGCCCGGCACUCGGCUGGCCUGGAUCGCCGAACCCGAUGCCCACAGCCACUUCGACUAUGACCCCCGCACGGAUGAGUUUUUCUUUGACCGGCACCCGGGCGUCUUCGCCCACAUCCUGAAUUACUACCGCACGGGCAAGCUGCACUGCCCCGCGGACGUGUGCGGGCCCCUGUAUGAGGAGGAGCUGGCCUUCUGGGGCAUCGAUGAGACCGAUGUGGAGCCCUGCUGUUGGAUGACCUACCGGCAGCACCGCGACGCCGAAGAGGCUCUGGACAGCUUUGGUGGGGCGCCCCUGGAUAGCAGUGCUGAGGACGGAGACAUAGAUGGCACCGGAGACUCUGGUGAUGGUGAAGAGGAGCUGGAGAUGACAAAACGACUAGCACUUAGUGACUCCCCAGAUGGCAGGUCUGGGGGCUUCUGGAGACGGUGGCAGCCCCGCAUCUGGGCGCUCUUUGAGGAUCCCUACUCCUCCAGAUAUGCAAGGUAUGUGGCAUUUGCCUCCCUCUUCUUCAUUCUGGUCUCCAUCACCACAUUCUGCCUCGAGACCCAUGAGAGAUUUAACCCCAUUGUGAACAAGACAGAAACUGAAUUCAUCGGGAAUGACACCCAGGUGCGGCACUACAGGGAAGCAGAGACUGAAGCCUUUCUCACCUACAUCGAAGGUGUCUGUGUGGUCUGGUUUACAUUUGAGUUCUUGAUGAGAGUCACUUUCUGCCCAAACAAGGUGGAAUUUAUCAAAAACUCUUUGAACAUCAUUGACUUUGUGGCCAUACUGCCUUUCUAUCUAGAGGUUGGACUCAGUGGCCUGUCUUCCAAAGCUGCUAAGGAUGUCCUGGGCUUCCUCCGCGUAGUCCGUUUCGUGCGAAUCCUGCGAAUUUUCAAGCUGACCCGCCACUUCGUUGGGUUGCGGGUCUUGGGACACACCCUCCGUGCCAGCACAAACGAAUUCUUGCUGCUCAUCAUAUUUUUGGCAUUGGGCGUCUUAAUCUUUGCCACGAUGAUCUAUUAUGCCGAGAGAAUAGGUGCUAAACCAAAUGACCCUAGUGCCAGUGAACACACACACUUUAAAAAUAUCCCCAUCGGCUUUUGGUGGGCUGUUGUCACCAUGACGACCCUGGGCUACGGAGACAUGUAUCCUCAGACUUGGUCAGGCAUGCUGGUGGGGGCCCUCUGUGCUCUCGCCGGUGUGCUGACCAUUGCCAUGCCUGUCCCUGUCAUUGUGAACAAUUUCGGAAUGUAUUACUCCUUAGCUAUGGCUAAGCAGAAGCUACCAAAGAAAAAAAAGAAGCAUAUCCCGAGGCCACCCCAGCUGGGAUCCCCCAAUUAUUGUAAAUCUGUCGUAAACUCUCCACACCACAGUACUCAGAGCGACACUUGCCCACUGGCCCAAGAAGAAAUUUUAGAAAUUAACAGAGCAGAUUCGAAACUGAAUGGUGAGGUGGCCAAGGCGGCGCUGGCAAACGAAGACUGUCCCCACAUAGACCAGGCUAUUACGCCUGAUGAGGGCCUGCCCUUUACCCGCUCUGGCACUCGGGAGAGAUAUGGACCCUGCUUCCUCUUAUCAACCGGGGAAUAUCCCUGCCCGCCUGAUGGAGGAAUAAGAAAGGGAAAGCAUCUCCAACUCAACACAGAACAAAACCUGGGCUCACGACUUUGUGCAAGACUGAACGUAUCUGGUCCACUGACAAUACAUGAGGAUUAUAUCAUUCAUGAAGCAGCUGCAGUGCAGAGAGGAUUAAGCAUUAAAGAUGCUUUUUUUUACACCUGUAGAAGACAAGAAAAUCUUUAAAUUUUGCUCUCAAGUACAGGACAAAAACACCUGACAGGAAUUAGUUAAUGGAGAGAUUUGUCUUCAGGCUCUUAACAUGGCACCAAUGUCUGCUCCAUCAGAAUAUCAGGCAUGGCAGAAAGUGACAUUCAUUCAGAACUUACAGCCCUGCCUCUCAAGAUGACAGGCAUUAAAUGUGUCACAGUGCUUUAACUUUGUAUGACCAAAACUAGACAAUCAAGAUCUCAUCACAGAGCCAGAGACUGCAGUCUCAUGAUUCUCUGUAUGGUAUGAAACAGAACAUAAAAAAAUAACCUUAUACUAAGUGCUUAGUAAGAGGUCGUCCAUGCAAAAUAAAUUGAAGCUGUAUGUCAAAGCACACAUAGAAGGGUGGGAGUCAUUCAAGUGUCCCAUGGGACCAUAUGGUGCCGUGGCCAUUUGCACCCAUGGUAUUCUGGCUAUAAAGCAUUACCAUUUCAAACAUACAUACACUUUAAACUGAUCUCAAUGAUUACAGAAAGAAAAAGAGGGGACAGCUGCGAUUCAUUCUGACCUAGAACAUCAUAUUCAAGACCCAGAAUUGAAGGCCACCUUCAGCACAGGCCUAGGAAAAGUUCAGUGAUGAAUGCAGAAGCAGGAAUCUGACAAACCCCUCAAACUGCAUUACAGUACUACAUGUAGCUUCCAAAGCACUAAGCAAAUCAUAGAGCAAGAGAAGGUACAGAUGGCAAGAUGAGCAGCAGCAUGCAGAUGAAAUGGUGCUUCCUCCUACUUCGUUGGCUCAAGUCAGAAACAAGAGACCCCACUGGGCUCUCGGGAACUCUCUCCUCAAAGAGCAGCUAGGUUGGAAAAGAAUAUUUUGGAAACGCUUCGGUGCUUAACACAUUUUAUAAAGUAACUCUUUGUAUCAUACAUUGGUCUAUUUACAAGUACGUAGUUUUAUGGUGAUCAUGCAGACCAGGCUCUAUAUGGCUGUCAGUCCUUGGCAGCUUCUUAAAAAUACUUACGAUUCAACAAAAGGUAAGAAGAUAUUCCAUAUGGUCACAUUUACCUACAAUGUCUUCUUACCUGACUGCUAUUCUCUUCCUCUGAAGGGCUGUUUGCACUGAACAAAAGUGAGCAUUCUGGGGUUUAUCUCUGAAGGUGUCCUUUUCUGCAGAACACAAUUCUCUAACUCAGAACCAAGUAGUGAAACGUGUAACCCUUCCAUAUGGACAUCUUCUGUAAAAUAGCUUUGUGUUUUAAAUGGGCUUUAGUUUGGCCUUUUCCCCUUCCAUUUUCCCUUACCAAUUGCAAAGCUGCUUUUGGUCAAGUUUCAAGACAAAUCAUAUGAAUGUGCAUUACUGUUGAGUGAAGCCUAAAAAAACCCAUUUGUUGAUAUUAAAGUGAGGGCUUUUUUCCCAUGCUUAACAAGCAAUCUGAAGUCCGGAAGUCAUAAGCUGAAGUGUUAGAAAUGCAAGGAGAAAAAUCAAAGAAACAAAGUCAGAGUUUCUUGGUUUCCUUCUUUCCGACUGAACUAGUAUAUUUUCUCACAGCUACACAAACAUUGCCUCAGAACAAAAGUAAUUCCAACUCAGCAAUGACGUUAUUAGGAUGCCUUACUUUGCAAAGUUUCAAGUUGUAAUCUUAGCAUAACACAAUGGCUCAGAUGAUGGCUCCCCUGCAAGCGUCGCAGUGCAGUUUUAACAGUCACAGCACUGCAGUACAUGUGUACCCAUGAGAGCUUUAAAAUACCUAGCUUGAUAAAAGCUAUAGCAUAGCUGUAGUCGGAAAGAGUUCAGGAUGAACUAACCCUCCCUUCUGGGCAGGAUUUGUGGAUUAUGUUUCCUCUGUGCUGCAACCGUUGUACUUGAGUUAACCUACUUGUAUCUGGUUCAAGUGUGCCUAUACCACACUGUACUGUAGUGCAAGCGCACAUCUAAUAAAACUCCCAUGGGUCAUGUGCCUUGUCUGUCUGUCUCAGUUUUUGUGCCUUGAUGUGGUUUAACCCCAGCCAGCAGCUAAGCACCACACAGCCACUUGCUCACCCUCACCAUGUCAGGAUGGGGGGAGAGGAUCAGAAGAGUAGAAGUGAGACAACUCACGGUUUGAAUUAAAGACAGUUUAACUGUUAAAGCAAAAACCACACAUGCAAGCAAAGCAAAACAAGGACUUCAUUCACCAGUUCCCAUGGGCGGGCAAGUGUUCAGCCAUCUCCAGGAAAGCAGGGCUCCACCACACCCAACUGUGACUUGGGAUGACAAACACCAUCACUCCAAAUGUCCCCCCCUUCCUCCUCCUGAAAAGUCCUUGACAUAGUAUAAACGUAACUUAGCAACAACUAAAAAAAAUCAGUGUGUUAUCAACUUUAUUCUCACACCAAAUCACCAAAACACAUAGUUCUCACAUCAAAAACACAGCACUGCACCAGCUACUAAGAAGAAAUUAACUCUACCCCAACCAAAACCAGGAUAUGCCUAUUGUGAUAGGAAUCCUUAUACUCGCCACUGUGUUGGCGUCAAAAUGGGGUAACUCGAGAUCUACUCAGAUACACCAAUGAUUG